AUGGAGCCUGGAAACCUCGAAAAGCCUUUUAAAGUAACCAUUGUCGGCGAUGGAGGGGUUGGCAAGAGCAGCUACAUCAAAAAGCAGUUCUCACCGGAUUUCAAUCGAGACUACCUCCAAACAGCUGGCUAUGAAGUCUUCCGCUGGUCUAGGAAUAUGUCCGCUGGCCGUGUGAACCUAGAGCUUUGGGAUGUAUCUGGCAGCCAAAGCAAACUCCGAGACCGUCAGUCAUGGCUCCAGAAUAGCGACGCUGCGAUUAUCAUGGUCGAUCUAGCACAGCCAAUUACUUUCGAAAACGCUCUUCGCUGGCACGAGGAGCUAUUAUUGGCCAAUCCAUCGGGCCUACCAGUUGUCGUUUGUACAUGGAAGCCCACAUCCAAAGAAAAACUGCUGGAUGUAGAUCCCGAGACACUUCUCUGGCUCGGCGAGACAGAAGAUGUACAGUUCUAUGAUGUUGCAUCCGAUAUUUCACGCUUCGAUCAGCCACUCCUGUGCAUCGUGCGGAAAUUGAUGAAUGAUCCUGAUGCGAGUUUUUGGUUUCCGUAUACAUUAACAGAUGAUGAUCUGGAGAUACAUGACUAA